UUGAAAGCCUUCCUUCCAGGUCUUACAAAAAUACGGGUAGCAGGGCAUCUGAACUAUAAAGAAAUUCGGCACCGAUUCGAGCGACAAAGCACUUUCCAUGGAAUUAGUCAUGCUGCUCUUGCUCCAAACUCAAGGUGGCGAUGUUUCUGGUACACUGCCUUCUGGUUCUGCUUCUUCUGUUUGGCCAUACAAAUAUUCUUCCUUGUUGUGAAAUAUCUACAAUAUGCAAAGACUGUUGAUCUCGAUUUGAAAUUUGAAAAUGCUCCAUUCCCUUCUAUCACUCUGUGCAAUUUGAACCCUUAUAAAAAAAGUGCGAUCAAUCUUAAUCCGGAGACGAAGUCAAUGCUCGAUGCGUACUCUAAACGAAUCUCUUCCGGAGAUAAAUUAGAAGGUGUAGCUGCUGCAUUAGCUUCUCAUUUGCAUUCACGAGUUCGACGACAAAAACGUAAAUCGAAGCGGCGGAAACAUGACCGACGAUACCAUCAGGCUCUUGCACAAUGUCUUUGUGACAUUGAUCCCCUCACUGCAGAACGAAAAGGUUCAUGCUUCGCUGCCUACAAAGGGAAGAUCUCUGUCGACGUCUUGUCCACACCACGAAGCCUCCACGCCUCGCGGUGCCUUUGCCAGCUUGACAUGGUCUCCAAAACUCUUUGGCCAUGUUUUCCACACAACACGUGGAAAGAAAAGCUGUGCUCAGAAUGCGUGGACGGCACCGGUCACUGUCCAAUGCGGUUUUACCGAGGGAAGGAACCUUACGAAAACAUCAAAGAUGAGGUUGAUUUGUGUCUAUGUCACAAAGAGUACAAUCACUGCGUAUCAAGUAGAGAUGACGGUGUUAUAAUCGAAAUUGAUCCGAACGACGAACUUGACACUCUUAACAUCACAGAACGUUAUGCGUUCCAAGUGAAAAAUAGAGAAAAUUCUACCACGUCCACUACAACAGAGGCACCACAAGUGAUGGAAGCACUUGGAUACGAGAACUUAACAGACGAAAUUGCAAUCGCCACACAAGCGCAACAAAACCUCAUGUUUGCUGUCGGUUCGAUGACACCAGAGCAAAAGGAAAACAUGUCCCAGCAACUGGACGAAUUCGUGCUCAAGUGCUCGUUUAAUCAAAAGGAUUGUGACAUGAAGCAGGACUUUACAUUGUACUAUGAUAACACCUACGGAAACUGUUAUACAUUCAACCACCGCGGAGCUUCCUCACACAGAGCAGGGACGAAUUACGGACUGCGAAUUUUACUGUAUGCGAACGUGAGUGAAUAUCUACCAACGUCGGAAGCUGUAGGGUUCCGAAUAACAGUCCACGACAAGCACAUCGUACCAUUUCCGGACGCUUUCGGUUACAGUGCUCCUACAGGCUUCAUGUCAUCUUAUGGAGUCAGAAUGAAACAAUUCAUUCGAUUAGUUGCCCCACAUGGACACUGUAAACAAGGCGGUGAAGACGAUCCUAACUUUAUCUACAAAGGAUUCAACUACUCUGUUGAGGCCUGCCAUCGGAGCUGCGCACAAAAACUAAUCAUGGAAAUGUGCCAUUGCGGAGAUCCAAUGUUCCCGAUACCGAAUAUCAAUGGAAUGGCUGCCUGUCGUGCAACUAAUCUCGAACAGCGUGAAUGCUUACGGAACGCCACACUUUACCUCGGUGAACUUUAUUCGAAAGAGAAGCAAGGAGUACCCGGAUGUUUUUGUCACCAACCAUGCGAGGAAACAAACUAUGAGGUAACGUAUUCGGCUGCUAGGUGGCCAUCUGGUUCUGCCAAAGUAAUGGAUUGCGAACCUGGAGAUUUCAUGUGUCUAGAAAAGUAUCGUAAAAAUGCUGCGAUGAUCCAGAUCUUCUACGAAGAACUGAACUACGAAACUUUACAGGAGACUCCAGCUUAUACACUCACGAGUGUACUUGCUGAUCUCGGUGGUUUGACUGGAUUAUGGAUCGGGGCUUCUGUUGUGAGCCUACUCGAAAUUUUCUCAUUGAUUGUGUUCGCUGCUCAAGCAUAUGUCAGAAAAAGAAAGGGAUCAAUAGCAUCAUCAUCGUUGUCUCAAUUGGCGGUAAAAAAACUAUCCAGAAAUUCUCUGCACACACUUCACAAAACUAGCGUUAACAGGCUGUCUAUACAAGAUAUGCGAUCGCUGCACUCAAACCAUUCAUCACGAUCAAAGCAGUCGAUCAUAAUCGAGGAUUUUCCACCGCCUAUUCAAGAGCAAACAGAUGACGAAUCGUCAUCAGGAGAGACCACCGGAACCAUAUCAAGUUGCCGGUAUCUUCCUCCAGGAGAAGAACUACCAUGUCUUUGUAAGUACGACGCCGAUGGAAAUAUUCGUGUGAUGAAAGCACUUUGUCCAGUCCAUGGAUAUAUGGUUCGAAGAGGCUAUGACUAUAGUGUAUCUAACAGUGAAGAAGACCCAACGGUUGACGAGGUGCACAAAGAAGAGCCUUACUUUGCCGAACCUUUCGUCCCUAGAAAGUUUGUUAGAAAUUCACUUUCACGAAGCAAACAUGUUUUUUCUAAACAUUUCUUGAAUGGGAAAAUAUCCUGA